AUGUCGUUCCCGACCCAAGAAAUGGAUGCCCAAGCCUGCGCCGCCCUCCUUAAAGCCACCCAAGAAACCAACUACCAAAACCCCCCACCCACCGUCUUCGCCCUCCCCAAAAGACGUCCCCACGCCCAGCGCCCGAAAGCCCAGCAGACCGCCACCCUCCUCUUCCCCAAUGCCAGCCCCGAGAAAGCCAUCAUCCGCUACGAGGAGCAGCGCAAGCGCGCCGUGGCUGCGCGACGGGCCGCGGAGGCUGCUGCGAAGACCGAGGAGGAGGAGAGGUGGAGGCUCUUGCUGGAGCGGGCGCGGCCGGACAUGGGCCGCGGGGCUUGGGAUCCGGUGCUGGAUCCUGUUGAGCUUCCUCGGGCGAGGCCGAUGCCUGUGCAGGUUGGCGACACGGCGGAUUUCGCAGACUGCUUUGCGUUCUUGAAGGGUGGCGACGACGACGACGACGACGACGACGACGACGACGUCAACAAAGGGUGUGAAGGACGGGUCGAGGCCCUGCUAAACCACACACCCACCACCUCUUCCCCCCUCUCAAAAGGCAUCACCAUCGGCAAAGAGCCAGGCCACGCCACCCGCCUCCUCGAGUUCAAGCGCGGCGUAAUCUACGAGGACGGCCGCCUCGACCUCUGCAAAAUGGUCGUGGGCCCAGACCACAUCGACGCCCUGAUGGACGCCCUCGAGUCCAACACCCACAUCCGCCACUUCCUCCUGGGCAACAACGUCAUCACCAACCACGGCGCCCGCCGCAUCGCCCAGUUCGCAAGAGACCACCCGCACAGGAUGCAGACCUGGUACCUGGCAGGGAACCACAUCAAACCCGCCGGCUUCCACGCGCUGGCCUCGGCGCUGCGCGGGAGCGACGUCCUCGGCAGCCUCUGGCUGAAGCGAAACCCGCUGGGCCCUGCUUGCGUGGCCGACCUCCUCGCCCUCCUCGCCUCUGCUCCACGUCUGCGCGUGCUGGACCUCGAGACCUGUGAGCUGGGCGACGCCGGCAUCGCGGCGCUGUUCGACGGCCUCGCGCGCACGUUGGCCGAUAGCAGCAGCACCAGCACCAGCAGCAGCACCAACAGCCUGGAAGCCAUCUACAUCAACGCCAACGGAGCCAGCACCGCCGCGGCAGAGGCCAUCGCCACCUUCCUAGCCAGCCCAGCCUGCAGGCUCCGCUACCUCAUGAUGUCCAACAACCCACUAGGCGACGCCGGCGCACAAGCCCUCGCCGCCGGCAUCAGAGACAACACAACCCUCGAGGUCCUCACCCUCGCCUCCUGCGGCUUCUCCUCCCACGGCGUGUCCGCAGUCUGCACCGCCCUGGCCCGACACCCGCGCAUCCGCCACCUCGACCUCGCCUCCCGCUUCAGCACCGCCGACCUGGGCCAGCGGUUCAAUCACGUCACCGACGACGCCAUCGCCGCCCUCGCCAGCCUGGUGACCACGAGCUCCUCGCUGCGGUUCCUGCACCUGGGCUAUGUGCUGUUCUCACCGGACGGCCUGGAGCAGCUGCGAGAUGCCGUGGUGUCUCCGUCGUCGUCGCUGGUCGGGUUCGAGGCGUCGCGCGUGGUGGGGUCUGGCGAGGGCGAGGAAGGCUUGGGGAGGAGCGGUGGUGGUGGGGGCACGUGUUCCCUGCGGGUGCGGCGGGCCUUGGAGGCGAAUUACUUGCGGUUUUAUGCUGGCCAGGGCCAGAUGGCUGAGGGUGUGCCGUAUGCCGUUUUCAUCGGCAUGAAUGGCGUGUCGCGGCUGCUGAGAAAUCAUCCUGACGUGAGGCUGAUCGAUUCUGUGUAUCGGACUAGGGACAAAGGGAAAUUGGCGGCUGGGAAAGCUCGAAAAUUCUGGGAUUUGGAGCUCAACGAGGACGAUAAACUGCUGUGGGCGAGGCUGGAUGAGAUCGAGUGA